UAUUCAAAACAUAGCGAGCACAGCACAGCAGUCUUCGCCCGGUCAUUCAGUGCAUAGUUAGCUUGAUACGUAAAAUCAUCUCGGAAAUAUUAGCUUUUAACGAAAUUCCAAAUUAAGUGACAAGGAUGGAAUCCAGUGGUUCAAUCAAUUGUGCCUUCAGAGUGAAAAGCGAGCCUAGUUAUGAUUUGCUCAAUGAAGACAAAUGCAAAAUUAUUGACGAAAAACCUGAUCUUAAAAACUUUGAACUCCUACCAUUUCCGCAAGAAAAUUCAAUUCAUACCCUUCGAAAGUGUGAUAAGGAACUUGAUAAGGAAAUAAAAAUAAUAUUCGAAUGUCAAGACGUUAAACUCAACAUUAAUUCAUUAGCAGUUGAGAAAAUUGAUGAUGAUUGUCAAAAUUACUUACAAAAUAUGAAAUAUAGCGAAUAUGGUAAGACUGACAACAUAAGUAUAAUAGAACCCAUGGAUAAAGUGAAACAGGAAUGUAUUGAUGACGCUUCAGCAAGAUCGAACUCGAAUUUCAACUGUGAACUUGUUGAACAAAAUAAAACAAGAAUUUCAAAGUUUUAUGAACAUAACCUCGAAAUGCACACCAACACUGUGCAUAAUAAUACAGCCCAUUCAUGUAAUAUAUGUGGAAAGACAUUCAAAAUGAAAAAUUCUCUCAAACUGCACAUUGGUGUGAAGCACAAAGGUGUCACACAUGCAUGCAGUACAUGUGGAAAGACAUUCACAAGCAAGUAUUAUCUCUGGAUUCAUAUCGAUGCGGUACACAAUGAUGUCACACAUGCUUGUGGUAUAUGCGAAAAGACAUUCACGCUAAAGCGUUAUCUCCAAAUUCACAUUAAUGCAAAACAUGAGGAUGCCACAUAUGCAUGCGAUAUAUGCCAAAAAAAAUAUACAAGCAAGUAUUAUCUCACAAACCAUAUUUACAAGGCGCACCAUGGUGUCCACCACUCUUGUGACAUAUGUGGAAAAAAAUAUAAAGAUAAAUCUGAUCUCAAGCGGCACAUCGAUGCAAUUCAUAACGGCGUCAGAUAUGCAUGUGAUACAUGCGGAAUGGACUUUUCCCAAAAAAUUAAUCUCAAAAUACACAUCGAUUCGGUGCAUAAUGGUGUUAGACAUACAUGUGGUGUAUGCGGAAAAAAAUUUUUAAAAAAAGGUUCUUUAAAAAUCCACAUCAACACGGUGCACAAUGGUGUCACACAUGCAUGUAAUAUAUGCGGAAAGAAAUUCAAAAGCAAAGAUUAUCUGAAAAUUCAUAUCGAUACGAUGCACAAUGGUGUCACACAUGCAUGUGGUACAUGCGGGAAGACAUUCAGACAAAAGGGUCUUCUUAAAAGGCACACGAACGUGAAACAUAAAGGUGUCACAUAUUCAUGCGACAUAUGCCAAAAGAAAUUACAAAGUAAGUAUUAUCUCCAAAAGCAUAUUGAUGUGAUACAUACAUGCAGUAUAUGCGGAAAGACAUUCGUCAAAAAAUGCAGUCUCAAAGUCCACACGAAUACAAAGCAUAGUAAUGUCACUAGUGUAAAUGAUACAUACUGAAAAUCAUUUACACAAAAAGAGUAGUCUUAUAAUUCACUUGAAAAAGAGACGAGCAAUGGCGUUCGGGUUAAAGAUAAUUGUGAAAAAAUAUUCAGACGAAGAAAUUAUUUUAAUACCCACAUCGAUGCGGUGCGUGAAUCAUCUAAUACAGUUCAGCAAAUGCAUAAACUUUAGUUUCAUUUUUCAGAAGAUUGAUUUAAAAAUUGGCAGACAUAAUUCUAUUAUAAUUUCCUUCAAUGUUUUAUCAUUAUGUAAAAACAAUGUUCAAGUUUCAUAAUAAUCAAUAAAUUUUUUAACUAAA